UCAUCUCCCAGAUGUUGGCUGGGAGGGGGGGGUUGGUCCCCCAAAUGUAGCCUUCCUUCUGAGCGGGUCUGCUCCCCUCAGUGUACGUGUCCCCCGAUCCCCCCUUAUGGGAUCACAAGGGCUUGGUUUGACCAGCAUCCUGUGUGUCCGUCCGCCCCCCAGCCUCGCCCCGUCCCUAUUCUUGCAUGACUUGUCCCAACAACGGUUGCCGCCCGUUUAAUAAACCCCCGUAGAAACAGAGCGGGGCGAGGUGGUUUCCACGCGAGCGCUCGCCCAGCUCUGUGUGUGCAUCAAACAGCGUGUCGUGUCCCCCCCCCCGCACUCGAUGCAUAUUAUUUAUGUUUGUUGGUUUCUUCCAAUUCUUCGAGAAUAAAAACAAGUAAAUAAUGACAUUUCUUUAAAGAACUAGCAGGGUAAGAAAAGUGCAUGCGUGUGAGAAGUAAAUAUCCCCUCCUUCCAACCUCUGAAAGGUUGUGUUAAUCUCUACGACCCGCGUCCUGGAGCAUUUGACUUCCUGUCGGUUGCGUUACAUCCCGCUUGGUCUCAGGGGUGUCGGCGGGUUUGUCCCUGUGUCGUGAACUCCUUUUUUCCAGUUGGUCUGAGCGGUGUUUUACGGGCUGUUUUUUACACCCCAGGCACUUCUCUGCCACCAUGGGGGAACCGCAGCAAGUGAGCGCUCUGCCUCCACCUCCGAUGCAAUAUAUAAAGGAAUAUACAGAUGAAAACAUUCGCAAGGGGCUGGCCCCGAAGCCCCCGCCGCCUGUGAAAGACAGCUACAUGAUGUUUGGUAACCAGUUCCAAUGCGACGAUCUUAUUAUCCGCCCCUUGGAAACCCAAGGGAUCGAACGGUUGCAUCCCAUGCAGUUUGAUCACAAAAAGGAGCUCAGGAAACUCAAUAUGUCCAUCCUGGUCAACUUCUUGGACCUCUUGGAUAUCUUGAUAAGGAGUCCGGGCAGCAUAAAACGAGAGGAGAAACUGGAAGACUUGAAGCUGCUUUUUGUUCACGUCCAUCAUCUUAUAAACGAGUAUCGUCCGCACCAGGCCAGAGAGACGCUGCGGGUCAUGAUGGAAGUGCAGAAGCGUCAGCGUCUCGAGACAGCCGAGAGGUUUCAGAAGCAUUUGGAGCGGGUUGUAGAAAUGAUCCAGAAUUGCCUGGCCUCCUUGCCUGAUGACUUACCUCAUUCUGAGGGAGGUUUGGGGAUAAAAACUGAACCCAUGGAUACGGAUGACGGCAGCAGUUGCAUCGGGCAGAACGAACAGCAGAGAGCGGGCUCGGUCUGUAAGAAAGAUCAGGUUUUAGACAAAGAUGCGGCGAUGUGUAGCAUUAUUGAUGAAAUGACAUGAAAGGACGCUCUUUGUAGCGGGUGAGAAGUGGGAUUAAUAUUGAAGUUUGUAUAAUGUACUUUUUGCUGCCUUUAUCUGUACCAAUAAAAACAAUCGUGAAACUUAAGUGUGUGUGUAUGUAUAAAUGUCUAAACUCAAGUCUUUUUUUGUAGGGUUUUUGGGGUUUUUUUGCAGGUGUUCAAGCAGAUGGAGUUUGCUUGUGUUGUAGAUGUUAUUUGCAUGUGGUCGUAAGAACAGAAAAGUAAAAAUUUCUAUAAUGUUGUUGAUGGGUGGGGAAAAUGUGCAUCAUAACAGUUCAGUGAAGUAAGGCUCAUGUGAUGGCUUUGUUUUACUUCUGAAUAAAUAGUUUUGAUUGAAAGAUGAAAGUAUCUUGUGA